AUGGACGGAAUGCAGCCUUACAACAACGGCACUCCGGGUGCCAACGGCGCAAACGGAGAUGGCUAUGGAACUCCCGUUGCUGCCGGUAUGGGUUAUCCGCCCAACGCCAACGAGCUCACUGGCCCUGGCAACUCCCCUGAUGGCAACAAGACAACCCUUUGGAUGGGAGAACUCGAGCCUUGGAUGGACGAGAACUUUAUCAAGGGUGUCUUUGCCACUGCCACUGGUGAGCAGGUCAAUGUGAAGGUCAUCCGUGACAAGAGCUCCGGCAAUGCUGGAUACUGCUUCGUUGAGUUCAACUCGACUGAUGCUGCCUCCAAGGCUCUUGCCCUCAACGGUACUCCGGUCCCUAACUCGGCCCGUAUGUUCAAGCUCAACUGGGCCUCUGGCGGCGGUAUCAACGAUCGCCGUGAUGACCGCGGUCCUGAAUUCUCCAUCUUCGUUGGCGACCUCGGCCCUGAGGUGAACGAAUUCGUCCUCGUCUCGCUGUUCCAGGCUCGCUUCCCCUCCUGCAAGUCAGCUAAGAUCAUGACCGAUGCUGUGACCGGACAGAGCCGUGGCUACGGCUUCGUUCGCUUCACGGACGAGCAAGACCAGCAGCGUGCUCUGGUCGAGAUGCAGGGCGUUUACUGCGGUAACCGACCUAUGCGCAUCUCCACCGCGACGCCCAAGAACCGUAACCACGGUCCCUACGGCGCUCAGCAGGGCCACCAGAUGCCUCCUGCCAUGCACCCUCACCAGCCCCAGGCUUUCUACGGUGUCCCCCCCGGUCCCCAGUUCAACCAGGGCUAUGGCGCUGCUCCCCAAUUCCAGCAGCAGCAGAUGAACCAGUUCACCGACCCCAACAACACUACGGUUUUUGUUGGUGGCCUUUCUGGCUACGUUACUGAGGAUGAGCUUCGUAGUUUCUUCCAGGGCUUCGGUGAGAUCACCUACGUCAAGAUCCCUCCUGGCAAGGGCUGCGGCUUUGUGCAAUUUGUCCACCGCCACGCCGCUGAGAUGGCCAUCAACCAGAUGCAAGGAUACCCCAUCGGUAACUCUCGCGUCCGUCUCAGCUGGGGCCGCUCGCAGAACAACUCGGGCGUCGGUACGCCUUACCGCCCUGCUCCCCCCCCUCCCCACUACUUUGGUCCUCCGGGCCCCGGUGGCCCUGGCUAUGGCCCUCCCUUCGGCGGCCCUCCUGGCCCUCAGGGUCCUCCUGGUCCUCCUCAGGGCCCUCCUGGCGGCGGUCCUCCUCAGCAGCCUGUUGGCGUCUCGGCGAAGCGGAGUUUGGGAUCUGGUCAAGGCAUUUGACCACAGCAGUUCAUCCUCGAUUUCCUUUGUCUUCACGCGUAUGACGAUUACGAAGCUUCGCGGCACUCGACAGUUCUUUCUACGCUCACUCGACGCACUGAAGGCUUGGUUUGCAAUGCCCGUCCUUGCACACCACUCCACUCUGCCCUCCUUUGCGCUGAUUUUGGCUUGGUUUACUCGGCUGCUUAUGCUUAGUCUAGUCACACGAUCAAAUCUCAGUUUCUGCUUUUCCAGUGUUGUUUGCUCUUGCUGGGCAUCGUUUUCUUUCCACACCCCUGGGGUUCCAUGCGUUGCUUGUGUCUUGCUCUUCUGGAUGUGGAACCGCAUGCCUUGCUGGAAGGAAAAGCGCCUGUAUUUUGUGAUAUCUACCUGAAUGUCUGUGUGCUCAUCUUGUGUAUCUGCGUACAACUGACUGAACUGGGGCGUUUUCCGGAUGAUUCUAGUCUCAGCUGUUUUGCGAUGGUGCGAAUACCUGGGUCCGGCGAAUUGACUUGUUCGAGACGAUGCUCGUGGGGCGUAUCAAGGCGGAUAAAGAAUUGCAGAAUUAGGACAAGACUGUCCAUAUUAUCUCUUGUGUUUG